GCUAUAUACAUACAGUUAUUAUUAUUAUGAUUAAAUAUGAAAUAUUCUUUCAUUCUUGUCUUUUAAAUGUUUUCCUGAUGCUAAAUUACUAAAACAACAACGUAGUGGUAAUCCUCUUUUUAUCCUUAUCUUUAUUUCUUAAGGUUAUAAUGUCGUUUCUUCACCUUUCUUUUUUCAACAGAGUAACUGAAUGUAAACACUAAAGGCACUAAUAGAUUCUUAUUCAUAUUUGAGUCAUUGUUUUGGGAGUCCACAGUGAUGCAUCUGCUCGAUUCUCUCGGCACUCGACUCUCUCACUGUACAACCAAACUCGCUGGGCUCUGACCACUGCAACUUUUGCACAGACUCCUCACUCCACAGACAUGUCGCACAAUAGCUGAAGUAAACCUGUCAUCGCGGCUCGUCUUCCCGAGCCUCCAGAAUACAGAGCAAAGAGAAGGUCUCUCAGGGUCGGAUCGGAGCUGCAGCCUCUCCUCGGUCGCUCCUCUCGCAUCGGACUCUACGUUUUUGCAAAACGCUUGGAUAUGAAUUAUGAGCAUUUUCCUCACUAAUGAACCGGGCCAGUAAUGCAGGAGACCGCAGCGACUCUCUCAUCACUGUUUCAAGAUGGCAGAUUUUCAUUGAGUUUUGAGCAGAAAUCUCGCUUUAUUUUUUGCCAUGAAUAACAGAAAUCCUUGCACCGAUGGCCCCUGUAUACGAAGGUAUGGCCUCGCAAGUGCAAGUGUUCUCCCCUCACACUCUCCAAUCAAGUGCCUUCUUUAGCGUGAAGAAACUGAAGGUGGAGCAGAGUUGCAACUGGGAUAUGACAGGGUACGGCACACACAGCAAAGUCUACAGCCACAAUAGCAGCAAAAACUUGUCGGCCACCAGCGGCCCCCUCGGCAUCAACAGCUCCCUGCAGGUCGCCAGCACCACCCUGCCCUACGAGCAGGCGCUCAUCUUUCCAGCCAGCGCGGGCCACAUCGUGGUCGCGUCAGCCAGCAGCACUUCGGGGGCCGUCGGGUCUCUGCUGGGCAGCGGGGGUGGAGGCAGCAGCAGCAACAGCAGUGGAGGUGGGGGCGGUGGUAGUUUGGGUGGUGGGAUUGGUGUCCACAACCUGACACGCCGUAGCACGGUCAGUCUUCUGGACACCUACCAGAGAUGCGGGCUUAAGCGCAAGAGCGAGGAACUCGACAACAACAGCAGUGUGCAGAUCAUUGAGGAGCACGGCCCACCCAUGAUCCAGAACGGAGCAGCCAGUGGAGCCACGGUGGCCACAGUGGCCACCGCGACCUCCACGGCAACAUCCAAGAACAGCGGCUCCAACAGCGAGGGGGACUACCAGCUGGUGCAGCAUGAAGUGCUCUGCUCCAUGACCAACACUUAUGAAGUGCUCGAAUUCUUGGGGAGAGGAACCUUUGGACAGGUCGUCAAGUGCUGGAAGAGGGGCACCAACGAGAUCGUGGCCAUCAAGAUCUUGAAAAACCACCCGUCUUAUGCACGGCAGGGUCAGAUCGAGGUUAGCAUCCUGGCGCGUCUCAGCACGGAGAGUGCGGAUGACUACAACUUUGUGAGGGCCUACGAGUGCUUCCAGCACAAGAACCACACGUGCCUGGUGUUUGAGAUGCUGGAGCAGAACCUGUACGACUUCCUCAAGCAGAACAAGUUCAGCCCUUUGCCACUCAAAUACAUCAGACCAGUGCUACAGCAAGUGGCCACAGCGCUAAUGAAGCUGAAGAGCCUGGGGCUGAUCCAUGCGGACCUAAAGCCGGAGAACAUCAUGCUCGUGGACCCGUCUCGACAACCCUACAGGGUCAAAGUUAUUGACUUUGGAUCUGCCAGCCACGUGUCCAAAGCAGUCUGCUCCACCUAUCUACAGUCCAGAUACUACAGGGCUCCAGAGAUCAUCCUGGGCCUGCCGUUCUGUGAGGCCAUAGACAUGUGGUCCCUGGGCUGUGUGAUAGCUGAGCUCUUCCUGGGAUGGCCCCUCUACCCCGGAGCCUCAGAGUACGAUCAGAUCCGGUACAUCUCACAGACACAGGGUCUGCCUGCAGAGUAUCUGCUGAGUGCAGGGACAAAGACCACCAGGUUCUUCAACAGAGAGACAGACUCCACCUAUCCUCUCUGGAGACUUAAGACUCCGGAGGACCACGAGGGUGAAACAGGGAUCAAGUCCAAGGAGGCUCGCAAGUACAUCUUCAACUGCCUGGAUGACAUGGCGCAGGUGAACAUGACGUCAGACUUGGAGGGCAGCGACAUGCUGGCGGAGAAGGCCGACAGGAGGGAGUUCAUCGACUUGUUGACCAAGAUGUUGACCAUCGACGCAGACAAGAGGAUCACCCCCAUCGAAACGCUCAACCACCCCUUUGUGACGAUGACGCACCUCCUCGAUUUCCCACACAGCACACACGUCAAGUCCUGCUUCCAAAACAUGGAGAUCUGCAAGCGCCGUGUCAACAUGUACGACACAGUCAACCAGAGCAAGACACCCUUUAUCGCCCACGUGGCCCCCAGCACCUCCACCAACCUCACCAUGACCUUCAACAACCAGCUGAACACUGUGCACAGCCAGGCCACCAACCUGGCUCCCUCCUCCACCAACAAUGCCACCCUUUCCUUUGCAAGUCCUGAUGUCUCCAUACUAAACUACCAAUCUGCACUCUACCAGCCUUCCGCUGCCUCCAUGGCAGCCGUGGCCCAGAGGAGCAUGCCCCUGCAGCCGGGGGCUCCACAGCUCUGCGCUGCCCGGCCUGACCCCUUCCAGCAGGCGCUCAUCGUCUGCCCACCUGGCUUUCAAGGGCUGCAGGCGUCCCCUUCCAAGCACACCGGUUAUUCUGUGCGGAUGGAGAAUGCUGUUCCCAUAGUGACCCAGGCCCCUGGUGCCCAGCCUCUUCAGAUCCAGCCGGGUCUGCUCACACAGCAGGCCUGGCCCAGCGGCACCCAGCAGAUCCUGUUGCCUCCAGCCUGGCAGCAGCUCACCCACACCUCAGUCCAGCAUGCCACUGUCAUCCCCGACUCCAUGAGCAGCACGCAGCCACUCGGCAACUGGAGGAAUCCCCAUCCUCAUGGCAGCCAUUAUAAUCCCAUCAUGCAGCAGCCGGCAUUGUUAGCCGGCCACGUCACUCUCCCAUCAAACCAGACGCUAAAUGUUGGAGUGGCACAUGUAAUGAGGCAGCCCCCAGCCAAUAACAACUCCUCUUCCAAAAAGAGCAAACAGCACCAGAUGUCUGCCAGGAACAUGUCGGCCUAUGAGGUGUCGUCCUCUCAGGCGGUGCUGUCUCCGCAGCGCUCCAAGCGGGUGAAGGAGAACACGCCUCCCCGCUGCGCUGUGCUACAGAACGGCUCGACCUCCAACUGCCUGCCCCAGCAGGGCUGUGGGGGCAGCAGUUGGGGGGUUAACGAAGCGGAGCAAGCUUCCAGCACCACCCACGACCAUCAGCACCAGCAUCAUGUCCCCAGACAGACCAUAAUCAUCCCCGACACGCCCAGCCCCGCAGUCAGCAUCAUCACCAUCAGCAGUGACACGGACGAGGAAGACGAUCACAAACAGAAAAACAGAUCGUCGACGAAGCAGCGGAAGAAUGUCAUCAGCUGUGUGACGGUCCACGAUUCACCCGACUCUGACUGUUCCAGCAACAACAGCCCAUACACUGUGGAGUCCAGACCCCCCAACAACAACAGCUACGACACAAAGACCACCAUCCUGGACAACUACAACAACGGAAACCCCCGCACCAUCAUCAUCCCCCCUCUCAAAACCCAGAACGGUGAGGUCCCCAAUGAGUGUGAGCGGCUCAUGCCAGAAGCAAUGAACCAUCUGAAUUCAGCGUACAAGUUCAAAUCCUCUGGCAUGGUGUCUGGCAAUAAUCACAUACCAGGAGGCUUGGCAGGAGGCGGGUCCUACCGACAGCGCUCAGGGCCACACCACCUCCAGCAGCAGCCUCUCAAUCUCAGCCAGGCCCAGCAGCACAUGGUAGUCGAGCGAAAUGGAGGUCAUCGGCGCCAGCAGGCCUACAUCACCCCAACCAUCGCCGCUCAGGCCCCGUACUCCUUCCAUCACAACAGCCCUUCCCACACAGGCAACGUCCACCCGCACCUGACCGCCGCACACCUGCCCAGCCAGCCCCACCUGUACGCCUACACCACCCCUGCCGCCCUGGGCUCCACCGGCACUGUGGCUCACCUGGUAGCAUCGCAGGGUUCGGCACGCCAUGCCGUUCAGCACGGAAGCUACCCACCCAGCAUCGUCCACCAGGUCCCGGUGAGCAUGGGCCACCGCGUGCUGCCCUCCCCCACCCUGCACCACAGCCAGUACCAGGCCCAGUUCGCCCACCAGGCCUACAUCAGCGCCUCGCCCGCCUCCACUGUCUACACUGGAUACCCGCUGAGCCCCACCAAGGUCAACCAGUACCCUUACCUCUAGAGAAGACACUGACUGACACUGGAGAGCCUGACCCAGCUCUGCUGCUUCCCCCCGAACCCCCCCCCCCCCCCCCCGAGCCCCGUCUGCCCCUAAACAUCCUCUCCUCGACCUCAGACAUAAACAGAGACAGAGGAACAUGCAAUCGUCAUGAAACUGUCACGUAUAACUUGAAGAUAUAACGACAGAGAGAGAGAAAGAAAAAAAAAAGAUUGAAGUCUAUCCAGAAGGGAAUGAAGGGGUAGAUUUUCAGAGGGGGACUGUUUAGUUUUCCUUUAUAUUCUGUUUCUGGAAAGGGCCAGUUUUGCUUUGAUUUGAUUUUUCUUUGCUUUACUUUAUGAGGAAAAUGACGUCUCACUAGUUUUCCAGGGAGAGUUUGAAACAGGCCCUUUUGGGGACAUUGGAAGAUUUCUGGUUUCUUUACUUUAAUUUCCCCCUCUUAAACUGGAGAAGACGUGACUGUUGAACAGGGGUUACUGACUGGAAGUUCGGAAUCCCAAGAGACUUGGGAGAAGGUGAAAUACGGAAACCUGCUGCUCUUCAAAGAAAAAAAUAUUGAUGGCCUUGAACUGUCUUAAUAUUUCCAAAUCAUUCGCGGUGUGGGGAGAACAGAGAGGAGAACCUCCUCCGCCCCACCCCCCCACCGCCCGCUCCACCUUCUCCGAGCCGAGGAGGCUUCUGGAAAUAUAACCAACAGAAGACAACAAACUUUUUAGCGUAUUUAUAGAUCUUUUUUUUUUUCUCCUUUAUGUUUCACCUUUAUGACAAUUCUUCAGUUUUAGCUAGGUGUCUUAGCUGGGCCCCGUUCUUAGAAUGUAGCAGUCUGCACCCGUUUGUUUAAGAAGAAAACCUUUUUCCUUAUACCAAUAGAUUUAUUUGUUCCUCUUUUUUCAAUGUGAUUGCACAAAGUGGUUAUAAUAACAUAGGCAUGUACAACGUGAUUGUCUGUGUGUGCUACUGUCAGCCAUGCGUGUGUAGUCCACCUCUUCAAAAUUCUCUUCAGUCUUUAGGUUUUUUGACAUUGUUCCCUCGUAGUGCCUUACAGAUAAACCGACACGGUUUACUCGGCUUGGAUCCCGAAAGCCACAAGAGACUAAAGCUAUACUUAGAGAGACGUGUUUCCCUGGUUUGACAUCCCAGUCGGGGCAGUUGUAGCUCUCUUCCAGGUGUAGGCUCAGCCCUCGCUGUUCCUUUCCCUUAAUGACAGCGAACUAUAAGUGAUGAAGAUUAAUGUCAGAGUUGAUAUCACGCUGUGUGUGUUUUUUUUUUUUUUUAUUACGCGUGCAUGAGAUAACUUGCCUGGGGUACUUACCAAAGUCAUAGAUAAACUCUUGUUACAUUUGCUCUGAAUUGAUGUAAAUAUGGAAAUGUACAGUAACGCUGUAGCUGUAAACCUUAAUCACAGUGACACCCAAAAGGUGGCUUUAGUUUGAAAUAUUUGUUUUUUUUAAAUGUUUUUAAUCCCACAGUGGGGAAUUCAUGCAACGUGAUCACAGAGCAGAGAUGUUAGCCUGGUUUUCAUGCAAAGGGGAUGAGUUACAGUACAAUGUUUGAGACACAGUUGAGGUUGUUUUUUUUUUAAAAAGGCUAAAAGCUAGUCCGAGAGAAGGGCCUGACAGAAAGUGAUUGUUGCCACGAGAGUGAUGCUGUGAGGCUAGAGAUAGCCAUGCUGCAGAGACGAGACAGAGUAUCGAGGGUUGUUUGAGAGAGAUACUGUGUAGGCACGAGUGAGGGGUCUGGUUGAAAGCGUAGGGUCAGUUUAGGUAGAGAGCGCGGAGGUUUCGGGGGGCGACACUCUCUACCUUAAAUGGGACUAAAAUGGUAGCAAGUUGGCACUGAGCAGGUUGAUAGUAACACUGAGCCCGGUUAGGUCGGUAGGCGCCGCAGGGGCACCACCUCACCUGAAUGCACACUUUAAUGGAUCCUUUUGUUGAUGUCAUUUCUUGCAGUUUGUUUGUUUGUUUCUCCAGCAAAGGUAAUUGGAUGUUAUUCGUUGAGGUUUUGGGUAGCAGCUGCAGGAACAGAACAGGAGGGAAAAUGCCACAGCGUACACCUGGAAGGGCACCUUGUGGACGAUUAGUUGUCACUGUCCAUUUGUCUUCGAAAGCAGGUACACCGCAGACAUCACCACGCCAGCUGAACGGGAUACCUGAACACUUAGAGAACCAAUAGGGCUGUUGCUUUGUGUGUCUGCUGCUUGAUUAAACAAACAUCGUUUUUUUUUUGUAGCCAAUGAUUCAAAUAAUCUCCUCUGUUCAUUUGUCCCCACAUCAGAACUGCUGAUGGUUUAGUGAAACCCUCCCCCCCCCCUCCCUUCAUGGUAUGCCAUAGUACUUGCAUUUGAAGUGAUUAUUUCUUUCUUUUUUUUUUACUUAACAUUAUCUUGGACUUUUUUGACAUGGCUGUAGUACAAGUUGUGUUUAUUUUUUAGAGAUUGUUGCAAUAAUUCUUGUGGAUGUUUUAUCUGAGUGUGUGUGUGUUUUUAUUAUAUGUCAGGCUCAUUUCUCUUUUGUAACCUGGGGGGGGGGGGGCUGAUGUACAGUAAUGUUAAGUAUUCCUUGGAGAUGGGUGCACCUGUGUAAUCGUAAGAGUUAAGUUUGGUGGUAAUCCACGGGGCCCGUGUAGAGGGGGAUGCUCUGACUUUAGGAGUGCCACACCUGGGUUUGAAAUCCAAUGAUCUCCCCUUUUUUGGGGGGGGCCCCAGAAAAGGUUUGUCAUCCUGGUACUUGUUUCCCAAAAAACUCUCCACUCCCCUUCAGGUCCAGCAUGCAAGCCUCGGGUGCAGGCAGUGUAAAGAUGUGAUUACAUAGUACGUUGCUGGUUACAUCAUACUUCUCUGUUUUUGUUUUUGUGUUUGUUAUUUUAUUGUAUCUACUUGUUUUCCUCUGGGCCUCUAGGGGUCUAAGCACACAGGCAUAAGGGAGAUGAUUUUCCAUUGAAAUCUUUUGGGUCUUCUGUUAUGAGACAGACUACUGAAACAUUCCACUGUUGGAGGUGUUACCCACGCUACACUGCUGUCUGUCCCCUCGCUGGUCUACACUUUGGGACACCAUCACCAUCACUCUAGGACUUUUUUCUCGCUCCUCCCCACCAAAGAAUUCAACAGAUUGAUCAUGUACAGCACAGCACAGUGCGAGUAAUCCACCACAGUGUUGCUGUUGAGCAGACAGGCAAUAACUUCUGGUGUCAUCGUUAAAAGUGCUUUUUUGAGGACAUUUUCUUUAACACACAAUUCAAUGCAUUUGUGCAAGUACACCGGGAGGAUUUAACAUACUUAAUGCAUACAGCACAGUUAUUAUGUUGUGUUCGUUUGGACGGAGCUGCAGUCUGUGUUUAAGCUUGUUUUUUUCUUCUGUUCAUUACUCCUCACACUUUGCCCCCUGUCGACACUGAAUGAUCAGCAAUUCUCUAACCUCUCUCCAAAUUACGAAGCCGGUUCUUUUUUCUUUCUUUCUUUUUUAUGUUGUUGAUGUUGUUGUAGCUUUAUUGGUGUUGUAUGAAAAAGAGUUUGUAAAAAAAAAGAAGAAAAACAACCUUGUUUUACAUUAGCGUGCCAUUGAAUAGAAUGAUCUGUGAAAACUAUUAAUCAAAAAUGUACCAACUAUACCUUUAAAAUAAGGUCACCUGCACAAAAUGAAUGUAAUAUGUGACCUGCUACAUCUGAAAUGGCUUUAGAUCUUUCUCAGUGGGUGACCGUUUCAUUUCUACACCAUUUGUGGCCAUGCAUGAUGCAAUAAUUAUACAUCCGAUCUCCAGCAAAAAUCUCAUGAGAGGCAUAAUGUUAAAAUUACCACUCCCCCCCCCCCCCCCCCCCCACACACACACACACACACACACACACUUUAUAUUGGGAUAUCAAAUGAUUACUAUUUUCUCAAAUCAAACACCUAAUUAAGAGAAGCCCUGUGUGUGCAACAUUGUGGAAAAUGACUUGAUGUGUUUAUGAUUCCUUUUGUCUCUUACUCUGUUUCACAUAACCAAUGUUUUUUGUGUUGUUUUUUUUAAGAAAGCGGAAUCAGACAUGUGAGCGUAACGUAGAUCGAGUGACCUUACAAUUACCAAAACGUGCUUAAGUAGAGUGUCAAAAUGUUUUUGUGUUGUUGAAAUGAGCACAGCCUUCCCAGCUGGCGACCCCACUGUUAAGAGUACUGCCUUCCAAAUAACCAUCAGUACCUCCAAAUUAAAUGGUGACAUUAUGAAUUAGACAUAUGAGGCCGUAUUUACGCCCGUACACUCAAACUUCCUGCACCGCUCAUGGUGUUUGCAUAAAAAACGUCUCCCGCAGAAGCAUGCGAAACACUGAGAAACAUUCCUGAGAGCAUGAGGGGACACUGUGCUGCAUCACAAACUCAUGUCCACAUCAAGCUCUGCAAGACGUGAACACACACACACACCGACCUGCAACACUCUCACUGUUAAAAAUCCUGGGAUAACGUCGCUAGCCACUUCCCCAAUGUACAAUAGGGUCAGGGGACAGGUGUUAGGUGGAUUAAUCAUGAGCUGACCUACUCGCUGUCACAAGGAAAUCCAUAAUCCAGCUACACAAGCAUUCUUAAAGCCCUUUUCGGAUGAGAGUGUGUGGUGUGUUUAUUUUAAUGUAACAUUGUUUCAGGAGGCCUGCUCCUUCUUUUGCUGGCUUUUCCUUUGGGGGAAUUCAGGGUGAGGAGGUCAGGGUUUGAUGCCUUUGUUUGUAGCGGGCGUCAGCUGAUUAGUAUGAAUCUUAAAAAAACAAAAUCAAAUCCAAACACACUAUCUUUUAUUUAUUCUAAUUUGAAGAUCAGGCGUAGAUAUGAAAAUAUGUCUCCUGCCUUUAACCCCCAAAAUUGCUCUUUGAUUGUGCGUUUACAUAACUGAAAACUGAAGCUUACUCUUGGAGAGAUGUCUGGCUGACGAUAAUUGUUUUUGCGGUGUCAGUGAACGUAACCUAGAAGUAGUACUGUAGACCAAAGCUCACAAUCAAAGACAGAUUUACACUGCAGAAAUAUUCAUCUCAUGCCAGAGGUCACGUUAAAGUCACAAUCCCCUCCUGCUACAUUCUCAAAUUGGACGAGUGAAUCCCUGCAGGAAGAGCUUCCUCACACAAAAUAAAUUCAUGCAAGUGAGAGAGGAGUUGACGACCAUGUUCUGGAGACCUGAGAGUGCAUCAAACCCUGACCCCCGUGUUGUGUCCAUUGCUGUAUGCUUUCUCAACGGUGUAAAAUCUCAUUCUCUUGUCGAUGAAGCUAAAUGUGUGCUGCAGUCUUUUUCCUAUAGUAUGCUUCUCCGUUAAUCGUCUUUUUCUUAUUUACUUUUGUUUAUCGGGGUGUGAUGUCUCAUUAUUUCAAUCUGUUGACGUAGCGUUCUAUGUAUCCCCCGUUCCUUAGCUUAAUAUUCUUAAGUAUGUUAUGAGAAUGGAUAUUUUACUGGCUUUAUAGAAUGUUUUAAAUAAAUAUAAUAACGACAAUAAGAAGAAGGAUUAAUUAAACCUGCUAACGAGAUGAGUACUUGCUAACUAAGCGCUUGUGUUAUACCAUUACGAUGUCGUGUGCUUCUCUUAAUCAUUUUCGUUGUAGAAAAAUGGAGUGGAUUUAUAUUUAGGCUUUUGAAAAAAAAAUGGAAUGAUAGCAUUGUACAUUUAAGGGGAGGAUUUGAACAGACGAGCAGCUUGGUCAAAUAGAAGAAUAGAGUUAUUUUAAUUGUCCUCUUUACUAACUGUAGGCUGAGAAGGGGCUCGCAUUGUGGUGAACUAUGUUAUAGCUUGUUAUUCACUGUUACUUUUGAUCAUUUUUUCGGUCUCCGAGGUGAAUCGAGUUAUUAAUGAGAAUUUGUAUGCUCACAUAUGCAUAUUGUAUAUGUGUAGAAAUGUAAUCACACUUUGUCUUGGAUUUACAUUAAACUGUUAAGUCACGGC